CGCUGGGGGGCGGCCUCCGGCCCGCCGACCCCCGACAAUAGCGCGCCGGGUGGGGAGCCGCGCGGUCCCGGAAACUUUUCCCCCCGCGCCGCCGCCGCCGCCAGCGCCCAUCUCCUGGCCGCCGCCGUGCGCUCAGCCGGGGUCGCCGCCGCCGCAAGGGGCACCAGCCGGAGGAAGGGGGCGAGGGGCGGCCGUGCGGGAGGCCGGGGCCCGGGCCCGGCGGAACGGGAGAGCCAUGGGGGAGGCGGCCAGCCCCGCGCCCGCGUCCGCGCUCUGGGACUGGGACUACCUGGACCGCUGCUUCGCCCGCCACCGCGUCUGCAUCUCCUUCGGCCUGUGGAUCUGCUCCUCCUCCUGCUGGAUCGCCGCCCACACGCUGCUUCUCUAUCUGAGGUGUGCGAAGAAAUCCGGACAGGACCAGUCAGUGCUGUGCGUUGCCUGCUGCCUCCUCACCAGCCUGUGUGACACCAUCGGGGCCAUUCUGGCCAGACAGCUCACGAUCCAGGUAUUCACAGGUGCCUACCUCGCCACUGCUGACUUGGUGAACUUUGUCUUCAUCCUUUUCCCCAUCUGCCGCUGCCAGUGGAAGUCUCGUCGCGGUCGAGGCUCCCAGGAGAGGACAAGGAGGCAGCGGCUCAGGGCCAGUGUAUUUGCUCUGGCCCUGCCACUGAGCCUGGGACCAGGCUGGGCUCUCUGGGCCACCACCCCAAAGGCCUCAGGCCCCAUCCGAGGGUCCCAGCGGAGGCUGCUGGAAAGCCUGCUGCAGGACAAUACUGAAGUCCUCGGCUACCUUCUGGGUGGCAUUGCUGUCUUUGGCUCCUGGGCUUCCCGGAUCCCCCCGCUCUCCAGAAUCUGCCAAGGUAAGGCGUUUCCCUCCAUCCACCUGUGGACCCGGCUCCUGUCGGCCCUGGCUGGCCUCCUCUAUGCCUCGGCUAUCGUGGCCCAUGACCGGCGGCCUGAGUACCUGCUUCGGGCCACGCCCUGGUUCCUGACCUCUCUCGGUCAAGCUGCACUGGACCUCUCUAUCAUAUUCCUCUCCUGGGUGAUGAAGAGCAAGAUGAGACGGGCCUUGGGAUUUGCCCCGGAAGCCAGAGAGAGCCCGGACACCCAAGCCCUCUUGACCUGCGCAGAGAAAGAGGAAGAAAGCCAGGAGAAUUCAGACUGGGUGCCUCUCACUACACUUCCACCCUGCAAAUCACUCAGGACAAUGGCAGCCAUCAGUCGCUACUUGGAGCUGACCAUCGAGCCGGUGCAGCAGGCAAGCUGCAGCACCACCAGGCUGCCCGGCGAUGGACAGAUGAGCCCCGGAGAUGCCACCCUGCAGGAGCCCCCCUCGUACCCUCCCGUUCAGGUCAUCCGGGCCCGCGUGUCUUCCAGCAGCUCCUGCGAGGUCUCCUCCAUCAACUCGGACCUUGAGCAGAAGUAUUGGGAAGCCCUAAACUCGGAGCAGUGGGACCCUGAAGACGUAAACCUUGAAGGGAACAAAGACAACGUAGACAUGCUCGGAUCCCAGGCACACAGGGGCUCCAUGGGGCCAGUGGUCUUGACGUCUGACGAAGAACACCUAAUGCAAGGCCAUCAGCUCAGAGCCCUCAGCCAAACGUUUGUCAGGAACGGAGCAGGGAUCAACCUGCAGUGACCCCCAUGGCAGGCAUCUCAGCUUCUGCAGAGGUGGCUCCUGAAAGUGAGGAGCUGGGUGUGGUCACUGAGCUUGGCUGCUCUGCGUUGUGGCUCAGAACAGAGCGAAGACUCUGGGUCCUGUGGAUAGACCUGGGCAUGCGCAGUUUGGUCUGAAGAUCAGAAGUUCACAGACCACUCUUGCUUUGAAGUAGAAACUUUCAUCUACUGGGCCCUCUCUUCCUUUUCCCUUCCGAUUCAGCCAUCUUCCACAUCUCUGCUAGGUGCCAGGAAUGAGUUCAUCUAACAAGCAGCUCCUAUGUUUGGAUCUCCACGGACCCCCAUUCUGCAAGUCCUGGCUACGCCCAGGAGAUGAGAAGGGUGGGCCCGUAUGCAGAUCUAGGACACCCUCACCAGUACUGAUGGGACCUGGCUCCCAUCAAAGUUUUCUGCUUCUGGAGUUUUCUGCUGGAAGUUGGAGAUGGGACUGCUUGGUCGACCAGAAGUUUGUGAGAUCAUGGUUAUUGAAAGGGCAAGCUAAGUUCAUUGCUCUAGGUACCAGGAGCUGCUCCAACCCGCCCAAGGUGUGUGCUGGCAGGGUUUGCAGGUAGCGGGCCUGUCUGCUUCAGGAGCUAACAUGAAAGAGGCAUGGUGGGAGGUGUUAAAUUCAAGCAUAGUCAUCUCAUUUUAGCAUUAUUUUGAUACCAUGAUCACGGGAGAGGGGAAGGUUGGAGGGAAUGGGGCCGAGGUGGGAGUGAAUAAAUUUACUGGAGUGAGUAAGUCAUGAUUGAGUUGGAGCAUCUCACCGUGGAGUGCAGAGAUGUCUGAAUCCCAGCACAGCCACAAAAGCCAGCCAUGAAGGGAACUGGAAGGCGUGUCAAGAAACAUAGCUUUGCUCCUGGCUGGCCCCUCAGAGCCUGUGUGACUUAGUUUCAGUUACCCAGUUUCUCCAAAGGCGUAGUUUAAAUCCCAGCAGCAUGAAGAAGGGGGUGCCUCAGGAAAGCAAGGAGAUUCCACAGACCUCAGCGGAGAUCUCAAUUUUUUGAGUGGCCUCUGAGCUAGAAGAGAACUUAAAGCCACCCUAUUUAUCCCCUUUAUCCAACUGCUCUGAUUCCUUGGUGUCUUGAAAUGGAGUUUGCCAAAGCCAGUUUUGCUUUGUGCUCUUAACCAUGGAAGCUGUUCUUGGAAAGGAGAUAAGAGUUGGGGUGGAGAGUGCAUUCCGGAAGAAAGCCUACAGAGGACUGGACCCAGGGAGGGAUGGAAUCCAGUCCAGGAAAGAGGAAGCUGAUGUGGCCGGAAUGGAUGGCGCAAUCUGGGCUAGGUGGUGAAGAGGCUGGCAAGGAAUCAGACCACACAGGCAAGGGAGUUAGCACUUAAUACCGUGGCUCAUUGGCAGCCAUGACCAGAACUAGAGUAGGAAGGUGACUGACAUGCCUCCAGUAGGCCACAGCUUUUUAGGAAGCAGAAAUGUAGUCAUGGGCACAGUAUGAACAUGGGGAACAUAUUUAACUGGAG